UUUAUCUGUUCGUGUUCUUUCGCUUUUGGAAUAUUUGUUGGCAUUAGGAAUGAGUGAAACGCGUGAACAAAUUUUGGAAGAAAUUAAAGUACAAGGUGAUUUGGUGCGAAAAUUAAAAGCGGCCAAGGAAGCCAAAGAAAAGAUCUCUGUGAAGCAACACCAUCCCACCACCAUAGACAUUAUCAUCGCGAGUAUUUCGUUUGAAAACAAACAAUGCCCGAUUUAUUUGUAAAUAGUUUUGUAAACGCUUCAAUGCUCCUAAAUGCACCCAAAAAGCCGGGCAAGCGUCGAGGCCGCAAACCCAAAGCUAAGAAACUACCCUCCAUGUAUGAUACACAACAACCGCCUCCGCCACCUACACCCCAAAUGCCCCAAUUACCAGCGCAACUUUACAACGAUUAUGUCAACGAAUACCAACAUCCGUCACCGUACCCAACAGCUCCAGUUGGAGCGCCGCCGCCCCAUCAUCUUCACAUGGCUCCAAGUCACUAUAGUAACAUGGGCUACGAAGACAUGGCCGGUGGCAGUAUGAACAAGAUGAUGACGAUGGAUAUAACAAAAACUGAGCCCAAUGUGGGUCCCAAUAACUUACAAAAUACCAACAACAAUCAAAGCAACAAUGCCAACAGCAAUAGCAUAACGGCAGCGGCCAAUAACAACAACAACAAUGGUAGUCAGCUGUGCGCCGGCUGUGGCAAACAUAUACAGGACCGAUAUUUAUUACGAGCUUUAGAUAUGCUGUGGCACGAGGAUUGCCUGAAAUGUGGCUGUUGUGAUUGUCGCCUGGGUGAGGUGGGUUCAACCCUCUACACCAAAGGCAAUUUAAUGCUCUGCAAAAGAGAUUACUUAAGGUUGUUUGGCAACACUGGCUACUGUGCUGCCUGUAGUAAAGUAAUACCGGCAUUUGAAAUGGUCAUGCGAGCCCGCACUAAUGUCUAUCAUUUGGAAUGUUUUGCCUGUCAACAGUGUAAUCACAGAUUCUGUGUUGGUGACCGUUUCUAUUUGUGCGAAAACAAAAUACUCUGCGAGUAUGAUUACGAAGAACGUCUGGUCUUUGCCUCGAUGGCAAAUCAUCCUAUGCUGAAGCGUCAUGUCAACUCCAUUGCCCAGGACUCGCCGACUGGGGCUGGGGGUGGUGCGGCUGGCGCUGGCCCCGGUGGUAUGAUGGGUGCCGGCGGUGCCAAUGGUCCUCGAACACCGGGCGAUUUGAACAACAAUGGACCGCAAACAGGUCCGGGCAAUUCGCCCUUUGGUGCCGGUGCUGGAGCUCAUAUGAAAAAUUCAUUAGGGGCUUCAAGCUAAAAUAUAACGACUUCCAUGGGCCACAACCAUAGACGGCAUUAUUGGAUGAAUCGUGGACAUUACCAAAGAAAAUUUUAGAGCAAGAAUGACAAAGAAGAAGUAGAGAAUGGAAGAAAGAUGAAAUGAUUUUAAGCCCAGCGCAGCCCCUCCAUAUGUGUAUGUGUGUGUGUAUGUAAGAGAGAGUGUGCGUAUGCAGAAUUUUCGUUUGAAUGUUACAUGUGAGUGUGUGUGAGAUGCAAACACGUAAAUAAUGGAAUUUAAAUAUGGAAAAACAAAAAUGAAUUUUGAAUUUCUGUUUUCAAUUUUUGUUCUCUUUUGCAACGAAGUAUAGAAAAAAAAAAAAACAAAUGUCAUUGCAUGUAUCCUUUAUUUUGUAUUAUUUUUCAAGAUUACCCAAUGAUUCUAGGAUAUAAUAUGUAUUGAUGUAUGUAAUGUGUAAUAUCUUGAAAAUAAUUUGUGAUUUUUUUUUGGUUUUGUAAAUUUAUUUCUUUGAAAAAAAAUGUAUUUUGUUCUGACAAUUACUCCAAAAAAAAAAUCCUUUGGACAAUACUCGAAUUUCUUAAUUUUUUUUUGUUAAUGAAAUGUGCAAUUCUAUUUCGAAAAAAAAAUUGUCUUUCGAUUUAGAAAUAAAACAAAAUGUUGUGCCAAAAGAUUUACUCCUUUUCCCUGAAUAAAGAAUGGGAACCUAAAAAGGAGAGCAUUCGAUAGAAGAAUGAAAAUAAUUAUUUUUCAUUUAAAACAUGAUUUUGCAAAAAUUAUUUUUUUUUGUUUUGUAUAUGCAUACAGUUCUAUGUUAAAUAUUCAAAUUUGGUCAUAAUUUGCUGUGUACAGGGUGAGAUAAAAAAGAACUGCAACAAAGUCAAACUCCAUAAUUUUUACAUUUUUUUUCUUUCAAUUUUAUUGGAUGUAAGCAAAAAAUGUCGGAAAUAGCAUCAAAUUUUAGAAUAAGUUUAGAUUUGUUCGAAUUGGUCACCUUCGACACGAAUUAUGGCCUUCAAACGGGCAUUGAAACUGUCACACGCUGCCCGAAUGUUGCUUUGCGGUAUUUGGGCCAUUCCCGGCCAAGCGCUUGCUUGAGGUGAUCGACACUUUAGUAUUUUGUAGUGCCAACCUUGCUUUCGAAAAUACUCCAGACACAAUAGCCCAACGGAUUGGUAUCUGGAGAUUUUAGUGGCCAUUAUGCGCUGGAAAUGAAGCGAGGAACCUCAUUUUGUAACCAUCCUUGGGUGGUGCGUGCUGAGUGAUGGCGAUGGUGCUGAGUCCUGUUGGAAUGCCCUAGGUCUACGGUCAAAAUGUUUGCGUGCCCAAGCCUUUAUACACCCUCCAGAAUAUUUUCGCGAGAAUAUUCGUCAUUUAUUCUGAUGCCAUGGUCAAUUAAUACGAGCGGAGAGCGACCAUCGGCUAUUACGGCGGCCCACACCAUCACCAUGUCGGCGGCGCUUGAGUUCUGGUGGCCAACCGAAGGUGCAUAUUUUCAGCUGACCUCUUUGGCAAGUAAACACGAUCAUUUUGUUUGUUUACAAACUGCUAGACAACGAAUGUUUUCUCAUUGGAGAAAACUAAAUUCGGCAGUUCACCACUUUUGGCCAAGCGAAGCAACUCUUUAGCUCUUUUGAGUCUAUUUUCUUUCCGAUGCUGUGUAAGUUCUUGCACUUUUUGCAAUUUCAAUAGCUUUACCCCGAGCUUGUUUUUCAAUAUUUGCCGAAGAUGAUUUUUAAAAAUUAUGAACCCUGGUAGAGUUGCCAAAUAUUUUUAUCUUCAAUUCCUCUUUAACAUAAAACUGUAUGCCUUACAAAUUCAAAAUGUAUUUUCCAUCCAUAAUUUUUUUCUCUCCCCCUCUCCCCAUAAAAGUCAUUCUCCCACCGAUAUGCUUUGUACAUUUCCCCACAAUUUGAUGGUAAUUUUCUUUUAUUUACCAAUUUUUUUUUUUUUGUAAACAAAACCCCCUGUAAAAUAAUGUUUAUAUAGUUUAUAUAUUUUGUAAUUAAGUUUUGUUAUAAUUUUGUUAAUUCUUAAAAACAAAAGACUUGUAAAUUAUUAUUAUUUUAUGUUAAAUUAAAAAAAAAUAAUACUAUGUAUGUGUAAGUUAUAAUUUAUAAAAAGAAAAAAAACAACAAUUUUCGUACUUCCCCAGAAAAGAAAGAAAAACAUCGUGAACUUGUAAAUAGUUUAAUUUAAUUUAUUAUAUAACAUACAACUUAUAAUAAAACAGAAAUUAAGAAAAAAAUCCAACUGCCCUUGGCAGUAAAACUAAAAAAAAAUAAAUUUUGCUCAAAAAAAUACUGUAUUUUUUAUAAUGUAUAAUUUAUAAUUUUAGAAAAUUUGUUCUGCUAACUAUAAAUAAUUUUAAAAAAGGAAACGAAUAAGAAAAAAAAAAACAACAAAAAAUAAUAAAAAAAAUACUACGAUCUGAUUGUUGAUUAUUUCCUAAGUUUAGUUUAGUGUGAGGCUAAUUUGUGAAAAAAGUCAUUAAAACAUUAUUCUAUUGAAACCUUUUUAAGAAAACCCCACCCCCCAAAAAAAUAUUCUCUCAUAAGUUAUGUUAAAAAAAUUUAGGAAGUAAUAUGGCAGGCAAACCAUUUUCGCAUAGAAAAGCCUAUUAUUCCAUACUUAGUCAUCUCCAUCUUAAGUUUUUGUUUUGUUUCCGUAUCUAUCUCUCUCUCUCCCUUUCUCCUCAUUAUUAAAAUAUUACAAAACAAAUAAUCAUUAAAAAUUAAAUUAAAUUACAAAAUAGUGAAAAUAUGUCUUACACAAAAA